AUGGCGCCCGCCGUCCAGAUGCCUCCAGUCCCCAACCGGGAGGACAUUGGAGCCACAUGGAAGUACCUUGAGGCAGGCAUCCAGCGCAUCAUGCUAGAUCUUGAGCGUGGUAUCGACAUGCAGAUCUACAUGGGAGUCUACACUGCUGUUCACAAUUUCUGUACAUCCCAAAAGGCCGUCGGAUUGUCCGUACCCCAGGGAAGCAUCGGAUCAGGCAACCACAGAGGAGCUCACCUUCUCGGAGAGGAGCUGUACAACAAGCUCAUCGAGUACCUCAAGCAACAUCUCGAAGGGCUUGUUCAACAGUCCAAGACACACACCGACGAAGCCUUGCUGACCUUCUACAUCAAAGAAUGGAACCGAUACACGAUUGCGGCCAAGUAUAUUCAUCACCUGUUCCGGUAUCUGAACCGACACUGGGUGAAACGCGAGAUGGAUGAGGGUAAGAAGAACAUCUACGACGUCUACACGUUACACCUGGUCCAGUGGCGAAGGGUCCUCUUCGAGCAGGUAUCGACCAAGGUUAUGGAAGCGGUUCUGAAGCUGGUCGAGAAGCAGCGCAACGGCGAGACCAUCGAGUACGGUCAGAUCAAGCAAGUUGUCGACUCUUUCGUGUCCCUCGGUCUCGACGACGCCGACCCCACCAAGUCCACUCUCGACGUCUACCGCUUUCACUUCGAGCGCCCCUUCUUGGCUGCGACGAAAGAAUACUACCAGAACGAGUCGAAACAAUUCGUCGCCGAGAACAGCGUCGUCGAAUAUAUGAAGAAGGCGGAAACGAGACUUGAGGAAGAGGAGGAGCGGGUGCGCAUGUUCUUGCACGCUGAUAUCAUCACACCACUGCGCAAGACGUGCAACCAAGCCCUCAUCGCCGAUCACUCUACGCUACUUCGCGACGAAUUUCAGGUUCUCCUGGACAACGACAGAGAGGAAGAUAUGGCCAGGAUGUACAAGCUCCUGUCUAGGAUUCCAGAGGGCUUGGAUCCACUGAGGCAGAGGUUCGAGACACAUGUCCGCAAGGCAGGUCUGAGUGCCGUGGAGAAGGUGGCAUCCGACGCGGAGAAGCUGGAGCCAAAGGUCUACGUCGAUGCGCUGUUGGAGAUCCACUCCCAGUACUCGGGCUUGGUGACGCGUGCCUUUGAUGGCGAGGCCGAGUUCACGCGGUCCCUGGAUAAUGCCUGCCGCGAGUUCAUCAACCGAAACGAAGUCUGCAAGUCAGGCUCCAACAAGUCGCCAGAGCUCUUGGCCAAGUAUACAGAUGUGUUGUUGCGCAAGAGCAGCACUGGCAUCGAGGAGGGCGAGCUGGAGAACACGCUCACCCAGAUCAUGACCGUGUUUAAGUACAUUGAGGAUAAGGACGUGUUCCAGAAGUUCUACUCACGCAUGCUUGCCCGCCGCUUGGUGCACAGCAACUCCUCAUCGGACGACGCGGAAACAAGCAUGAUCAGCAAACUCAAGGAGGCUUGUGGUUUCGAGUACACCAACAAGCUCCAGAGGAUGUUCCAGGACAUGCAGACGUCCAAGGACCUCAACGUCAGCUUCAAGGAGCAUGUCGCCGGUCUUGAGGGCGUUAAGACCACCCUCGAUUCCCAGUACUCUAUCCUUGGAACUGGUUUCUGGCCCCUGACUGCACCAAACACCAGCUUCACUCCUCCGCAGGAGAUUAAUGACGACUGCGAGCGGUUUACCCGAUUCUACAAGAACCGGCACGAGGGCCGCAAGCUCACGUGGUUGUGGCAGCUUUGCAAGGGCGAGCUGAAGGCUGGCUACUGCAAGAACAGCAAGACGCCCUACACAUUCCAGGUAUCUGCCUAUCAGAUGGCCAUCCUGCUCCUGUACAACGAUAAGGACAAGCACACUUACGAGGAUAUCUCGGGCAUUACGCUUUUGAGCUCCGAGGUUCUUGACCAGGCCUUGGCCAUUCUUCUCAAGGCCAAGGUCCUCAUUAUGUCUCCUGCUGAGGGUAAGCCGGAGGACGGCAAGAGCUUCCGCCUCAACUACGACUUCAAGAGCAAGAAGAUCAGAGUCAACCUGAACCUCGGUGGUGCCAAGGAGGCGAAGCAGGAGGAAGUGGAGACGAACAAGACGAUCGAGGAAGACCGCAAGCUUCUGCUGCAGUCUGCCAUCGUUCGUAUCAUGAAGGCCAGGAAGAAGAUGAAGCACACUCAGCUCGUCAGCGAGACCAUCAACCAGAUCCGGUCGCGCUUCGUGCCAAAGGUUUCGGACAUCAAGAAGUGCAUAGAGAUUCUGCUCGACAAGGAGUACUUGGAGCGACUCGAAGACGACGAGCUUGGAUACCUGGCGUGA